GCCACCGUCUCGUCGGGGCCCGCGGACGACGCGGCCGCUCGGGGGGACAUGUCCGGCGGCCGCAGGAGGGGCAGCGCCCCCUGGCACAGCUUCUCCCGGUUCUUCGCUCCGCGGAACCCUUCCCGGGACAAGGAAGAGGAAGAGGAGGAGAAGCCGGGGACCGGCCAGCCGACCAGCGCGAGUCGGGGCGCCUCCAGUGUUGAAAAUGAACCCCUGAGCUCACCCCAGAAAAAGGGAAAUGCGCCUUCAUCAGAAGCAGUAAAGAUUCCCCAAGGUGAGGACAGAAGGAACCAUGCGGAGCAGCCUGCCAGUCUUCCAAUGCUGGACGAUCACUCAAAGCCAAAUGACCUUUCUAAUUCCAUGUCAGAGGUCAAAACGGGAGAAAGUGAGCGACAGCCGAAAGAAAGCUUUUUUCAGUUUCUUGGGAACUUAUUCAGUAUCUCAGGAAAGUCAUCUCUUGGGGAAGUUAAACAGUCUUCUUUCAAAGAUGACCUGGAUAAAUCUGAGAAAGGCCCACAGAUUCCCAGCGGCCCUCCUGAUGAGGGGAUCCAGGGGGAGAAGGAAAUUGCCAGCAGUCCUGUGAGGAUUCAGGUACUUCCUGUGGAUGAACAAGAGUCUAACUCCUCAGAACUGUCUGAUGCCUUUUCUUUGGAUACAACACAGGACAGCGAACAGGAAACCACUGAUAUGCUGAAAAGAGACACUGUUGGUAAACCCGAGAGGCCUUCGGUAACAUAUGCGACAUAUCGAGGCCCCACCCAAAUCAGGAAGUACUUGAAGCAGCAGACUGUGUUGGAAACUGUGCAUCACUUAGACAGGGAAGAUGAAAGCUCUGACUAUAGUACACACGCACAUACUGGCUCUAGAAAUAUAGUGGACCCUGUGACGGCCCCAUUGUCAUCAGCCAGCAAAAAGGGAGCCACAAAAGACUGUUUGCUUGGCGGUCCGUUAGAAGUCUCUGGCUACAGCCAAAUAAAUCUCAACAUAGAAAGUUGUCUGGAAAAUAACCCAGUCUUGCAGAAUAGUGCUUCAUCUGAGACUAUUUUAGAUAAAAAUAGCCAUGGAGGCUCUGGGAGAAGUUGGGCCUCCCCUUCUUCAGUGUCUAACCCCAGCUAUGUUGUUGGGGAAUCUGACUCACAGCCUGAGAGGAGUUUGGUAUGUUCGCCAUUGUUUAUAGGAAGUAGAAGCAGCCAACUCCCUUGUCCAGAAUUUCAGAGAAAAACUGCAACAGAAAAUACGUGGAGAGAAAACAGCUCUGUGAUGAGCGAUGGGGUGUCAGUGCCAAGAGAGGAACAUGUUGAGCCUCAGAGACCUGCUGUUUCUGAUUUCUCUUGUAGUAAAUCUGAUGGGAGUGUCACUACCAAAGUGGAAAGUACAAAUUUGUCAAGUCCAAAUAAAUCAAUUAGGCAUGAAGAUGUACGGUUGCCAGGGAGUAAGUGUUGUGACAAGCCAGCCGCAGAUAACCCAUCAGGAAAGAAUGUCAAUCACACCAGCAUUGCUGCUCUCCAGGGACAUGCUGUGACAGACUCGGAGCUUGUUAAUGAAGGAAAGAGGUUACCUGCACAAGAAUCACAGAAAAAUGUGGUUUCAGAAAUCAUGCAAGAAACAGAAGCUGCCUCUGGGGGUGAGCCCACAACUUUAAGUCAUCAAAGAGCUUCAGAAGAUGGAAUUGAGUCCUUACCCAAAGAUACUGAGCCACUGUGUAAAACAGAAACCAAAAGGCUUGGUUUGGAAGUACAUGGCAAAACUCACAAUAUGGCAGAACAUCAAGAGGAUCUUGGUUCUGUAAAAUACAUCAAUGACUCAGCAGAUGUAGCAAGCGUAGAAAGUGAGACAGCACCUCAAGUGAAUUUUGAACUAAAUAGAAAUCCUGUUUCAGAAUCUCCUUUUCAUGCAGAGAAUCCACAAAAUCCUCAAGUUUUUCCCGGUGCUGAGGCACUUCUUAACCCUGACUGUAAAACAUCUGAUUGCAGUGCCUCACCGUCCACCUUUGCUUCUGGACUCAACAUGCUCUGCAAGUUGGAUUCCCCUGGCUUAAAGAGAGAGCGAUCUCUGUCCAAUGAAGCUGGACAGGAACACAUUUUCUCUCAUCCUAGUGAGUGUCAAGAUGUAGGAAAUCAUUCUGAGGCUGCAGACAGGGAGACUCGUUCCCUUCACCUUGGACAUGCGUCUAUCAUCCUUGAGUCCAAGGAAACUCUUCCUGAUAGUGAAAAAUGCCAGUUUCCUCUAGGUCCUGAAACCGUUGGCACUCAUUUAGCUGGGGUAGAUCUGUUUGACUCAGAGCAUGGAGGUGUCUCUGAGGAUUACAAUUCUGUUUCGUCUCAUGGUAAGAAAGCAGGGUUAAUGUCCUCAAACACUAAAGCAGGUAGCCCCACAGAGAAGUCUGAUUCUCUUUCCUUGAAAACCCAAGCUGCUAAAAGGUUGCUCCAAGGAGAGGUUGCUGCUCAGAGCAGCUUCCCUGUUGCCUCACAUUCUGAAAAAGGGAAAGCCUCGUCCAAGCUGUCUUUCUCUCAAGCAGAACCCAGAGACAUUUGUCAGGAUGAACUUUCUUUUCCUCAGUUAACAGUUGCAGAUGAGCUCGCUGAGACUGUCUUAUCAGAAUUAAAUUCUCUGGUGAUUAAAAAGGGCAAAAAUGGUCAAUCAGUGGAUCACAAGGAGAUGACAGAAAUGUGUUUAAGUGGUGGCUUUAAAGAGCAUCAUCAGGCUGGGAUUUCUCCUGCUUCUCAACAUCACAGUGCACAAGAAACAGAGCUAGAUACCCUAGAUAAUCCUGCUCCUCGUCUCAAAAGCAAUCAGUUUGGGAUUGUACCUCUUGGACCAGAGGAGGAAUCCACGGGGCACAUGGCACAGAACUGUAAAGCUAGCAUGUGCAUAACCAGCCCAUCUUUGGCCUCUCGUACCACUAAAAAGAGUUCUAGUGUCACUGAAAUGGAAGAACUGAGUUCAGAUAAUAUUUCUCCAAAGUUCCAAGAAACUGACAACACACAAGUAUAUUCAUCUUUUCUGGGUUCUGACGCCUGUUUGGAGAAAAACGGGUUUACAUCCGAGGAUCCUAGCUCAGUCAGUGUACCUUCUCUGUUGGGGUCAGAAGGGGAAGCCUCCUCUCCCAGAGAAAACUCUUACGUCCAGACUGCUGGUGCUCGUAUUCCAGCUUCCUCUUGUCACUCUAAAGGAGAUAGCGCAGCCAUAGCUUCGCAUAAUCUCCCAAGUCAUUUUGAUGCUUUAAAAGUUACUGUAAAUCUCACAUAUGAAGGUGCUUCUGUUACUGACCCUCUGGGCCCUAAUAGUGCUGAUUUGGAAUUAGAGACGUCUAGCCCCAAAGGGGCAAAAGUGACACCAUGUCAGGGCUAUUUGGGGACUCAGACUAGGAAGGUUUCUCUUGGUUUCCCAGCCACUGACUGCUUUGACAAUCCCAUGAAGACAGAGACGGGAACAGUUGCUGGGGCGCCAGUGUCAGUUAACAGCUCAUGCCAGCAGUGUUCUGAAGCAUCUGCUGACCAGACAGAAGCAAGGAGAGGAGCACAUGGUCAACUUUUACUCAAAAGUGGUUUACUCUCCAAAGCUGAUACAUUGGUUGAGGAGAUUUUGAGUUCUGUUAGGGAAGAACUAAAAUCCAAAUACACGGUUGGUACCUGCCAGGAGCAUCCAGCCAAAGAUGAUAGAAUGAACCCAGGUACUGUGAAAGAAGAUAUCCCAUCAGAAGUGGCGUUAACGGGCAUCCAACUGAAAGAGUGUUUGGAAGAGAGACGUGUGGAAAAUAUGUCAGAGGUCAAAGAAGAAGAGGAGGACAGUGUUUCACCUGCAGUUGGUGAGACAAGUCUUCUUUUUGAUUUUGAUAGAGUGAAUAUCUCUUGUUUGUUAGAAGAACAGACCAGGGAAUUAGUCGAUGAGGUUAUUUAUGCAGUCCAAGAAAAUCUGACUGAUGCUUUCAGUGAUACUGAAAAUAUCCGGGCGUCUGAACCUCAGGCUAACACUUCAAAGAUUCUGAACAGUGGUGGCGUUAAACCACCUGGUGUCAUUAGGGACUUCUUGGUGUCAGAACAGGCAGUAAAUCAAAGCAUGUGUGAAAUUAGUGAAAAUAAACUAUUAGGUAAAUUCUCUUCCAUAAGUAACUUAGUAAGUGGCACUGAGUCAAUUAAAGGAAGAGAGAUUGUUCCCUGUCAGCAGCAGUCCCCAGGUCUUGGGAGUGGAGCUGAACAGUCUGAUCAUAUACAUUUGCAGAAAUCAGAGACUGUUUUACAAGCUGAAGGCAUGUCCCAUCCAAGGUUAGAUGAUGAAGUGAAGCCACAUUUGUUUGUCAGUGAGGACCAUAAAAAGGCAGCAGAAACAGAGUGUGUGGAUAAUCACAAAAUGGCAACAGACGAUACUAGAACUCUUGUAUUAAAUUCCAACUUGCCUCCAUUUGCAAAUGAUGAUCUCCACAUGCCUGGCACCUCCAAAAACAGUUUGUCUGACAGCCUUGUAUGCAUAUCUGAAAAAAGUUUGCCAGGACAUACCAAAAGCACACCCCUUGCAAUGUCAGAUAUGGGGAAAGCACACAAAAAGGAUAAUGAAGUAAAUGUAGGGAAAAUCACGCUUAUACCUUCCAUGUUAGAGAUAGGAAAGCCAAGUAAAAGGGAUGCUGAAUUGAAUAUUAUGAAACACGGAGCAGCCCCUCUUAUGUCACAGAAGGAAAAAGCAUGUAAAAAGGAUGCUGAAUUGAACAUUACAAAAGCUGAGUCAGAAGUUGACAUUCUUACAAGGGGAGGCAUAUACCAAAUGGAUGCUCAGGUACAUGUUGAAAAACCUGAGGAACCACCUGCCACUUUGGGAAUGGAAAAAGCUUAUAAGAUGGAUAGCGAAGGGGACAUUGGCAAACCUGAGGUGGCGCCUGCUAUGUCAGAAAUGAAAAAUGCCCAUCAAAAAGAUGCUGAGGGAGAUAUUGUAAAGACUGAGAUAACACCUGUUUCAAUUGGGAUGGAAAAUAUUUGCCAAAAGCAUGCUGAAGGGGAUGUUGGAAAGGCAGGGGUCGCAUCUGUUCUGUCAGAGGUGGAAAAUACCUACCAAAAAGAUGAUGAGGGGAUUGCUUCCAAAGCUGAAGGGACGGAUUCCUUAGCAAUGGAAAACGCUUACCAAAAGGAUGACGAAAGCGGUGUUGCAAAGACUGAUGUGAUAGCUGUUGAAUUGGAAAUGGAACAUAGUGACCCAAAGGGCUCUGAAGGAGAUCCUGACAACACUGAAGGGAUGUCUGUUAGGUUCACAGCGGGAAACGCUUAUCAAAAAGACACUGACGGGGUUAGUGGAAAGAUAGAGCGACCUGUGUCAGAAAUGAAAAGUACUUACCAAGAGGAUGCUGAAGAUGUCUGUAGAAAUGCUGUAAUGGUCCCAUUUGUGUCAGACGUGAAAGAAACAUGCCACGAGACAGUACAUUCUUCCUUGGCUAUUUUGGAGAAAAGAGUCCAAAGAGACACGGAACAGUCAAAUGGAACAACUGAGUCUGUGCCUUCUAAGAUAGAAAUGGAAAUAACAGCCCCGAAAGAUUCUAGUGGCAGCAUCGAGAACCCUGAAGUGUUGCCUACAGAGGUAGCCAUCGAGAAAACCAAUGGAACACCACCAGAAGUGACCAUUACACAAGUGGAGGUCAUGCGUUCUGUUGCUGAGAGUGAAAAAGGUCCUCAAGAGUACGUGGAGAAGAGUGUUGAAGAAAGAGAAGAGUGGUCUGGUGACGUAAAGGAGGGAUUGAUCCCGCACGAUGACAGUCUGGCUUUGCAUUUCCGAGGCUAUGAGUCACCGACAUUAAGUAAGGAUUAUGAGGGCUACCCUGCCUUAGCAAUGCCAGAUUUUCGAGAGGAAGACACGGUAGUAAGGUUCAACAAAAUAAAGUCUGUUACUUCAGUAUAUGACAAGAGGAGAGAUCUGGAUUAUAGCGAUGAAAAGGAAGAGUCGCAUUUAGCCUUUAUUCCUCAGGAUGAACAAGAGAAUUCCUCCUUCACUAUCUUGUACGAGGAGCCUCUUCAGGAGGAGGACAAAUAUGCUCCCACUGAAUUAAGAGGGACACAGUCUGUCUUAUUUCCCGACACUUCCUCCAACAGCAUGCCUGGCCUCGCGUGUGAAAGGUCUGAGAGCAGAACUGACCUGGUCCAUCACUUGGAAAAAGAAGGUAAACUGGGUGAGGCAUUUGAUGGAGACAAUUCAGAAAUGUUCCUAUCAGUGGAAGCCAAAAGGUACAAAAUUUAUCCCCUAGCUUUGAGUCCCAUUUAUGAGGAUGACAGCUCACAGGAGGACGUCCUGUCCAGCGAGGUCUCGCCUGGUCACCAUGGCUCCACAAAAUCAAGGGACAGCGCCAACCAGCCGUCAUCUGUCCUGUCCCUCCUCCAGUCGGUGUCGGAGCGCUUACAGAGAAAUUUCGAUGGAGACGACAGGCAGGUGGCUGAGGAUGAGGAGGAGGAAGCAGCAGCAGCUUCCGGGAAGGGUUGGCGAGCUGAAAGGAGGGAGCGUGUCACCUUCGACUUGGCAGAUCCCUCCAUCACCUUUUACCCUGACGACGACCAGGAAAGCCCUGGACUCUCCAGGCCCUACGUGGAGGCCAGUGAACCGACCACUUCCAACCUGCAGCUUGGCCUGUGGCCAGAAAAGGCAUCCCUUCUGCAGAAAUCAGAUUUGACUUCCAAGCUGCACUCUUCCCUGAAGAGUGCCUAUCAUCAGUAUCUGCAGACUUCCAGGACGCAUUCCUCAGACGCAGGAACCAGAUUUGGUGGUGUCUCUCAGGAGCCAGUGUCCAAGUACUUCCGCGUCCAAGACCACUCAGGCAGAUUGAGUCCGUACAUAGAGAAUGUUGACACACAAACUCUGAGGUGUAACCCAAGGCCUGGAAAGAUGAUUAUCUAUGAUCUCCAUGGAAGUAAAUAUAAACAAGAAGUCUACUGUAAUGUUCCUGAUGCUACAACAUGGUCUUUCCCGAAUGGGGCACUGAUAAAAGUUGUAAGGGGCUGCUGGAUUUUAUAUGAGAAGCCCCAUUUCCAAGGUCAGAAAUGUGUUUUGGAAGAAGGGGAAAAGGUCUUAAAUCGGGAUUGGCUUCUUCAGAACAAGAAGCACCCAGAAAGAAACUUUGUCCUGGGCUCUAUCAAGCGUGUCUUAAAGGAUUGCAGCAUUCCGGAGAUAGAGCUGUACCCCGAGUCCGACCCUGGGUGCUGCCCUAUCUACAUUCAUCGAGCUGUGCCCAAUCUGGAAGAACUGAACAUCCCCAAGUCUGCGUCCUUCAUGGUGAAGUCGGGCGUUUGGCUGGCCUACCCAGAUAUUAAUUUUAAGGGGCAAGCUACAAUUUUGGAGGAGGACCAGGGGCUCUUUGAGAUUUCUGCAGCAGAAAUGAAAUCACUGCAUCCUCUUCAAAUGGGCGGACUGAAAGUGGAAAUGCCUAUGAACUUAAAGGUUAUCCUUUAUGAAAAACCUCACUUCCAUGGACAUACCAAAGAAUUUAGCGAACACAUAGAUUCUGUCCCUAAGUUUUUAAAAAGUGAUAAGGACUUCCAUGGCAUUGGAUCAAUUCGUGUCAUUGGUGGAGUGUGGGUUGCCUAUGAAAAGGAACAUUUCAAAGGCCAGCAAUUCCUACUUGAAGAAGGAGACUUUGAAGAUAGCAGUGUUUGUGGGGCAUUGAGUGGCCCCAUCAUGUCUUUCCGGUACCUACAAGCUAACUUUAUAGAGUCUGCUGUCACACUGUUUGAGUCUGACAUGGAAAGGGGGAAGUUCAUCGACAUUACAAAUCAGGAAAUUUCGGACCUAGAAGAAAUCGGGUUUGGCAGUGAAACCAGAUCCAUUUACGUGAAGAGUGGCGUAUGGGUUGCCUACCGCCAGAAGUUCUUCUGUGGAGAUCAGUACAUUUUAGAGAAAGGAAAAUACAAAUGCUUUUUUGAUUGGGGAGGAACAAGUAAUACAAUCUUGUCGAUCCGACCAAUCCAGCUGGAACCACUUGGGAUAAAUGAGCCUCCACAUUUGCUCAAAGCAUUCAGUAAAGCAGGCUUCCAAGGCGAGUGCAUAGAUUUUAUAAAAGAAUGCUCUGACCUGACCUCAUUCUCGCCAUCCUCCUUCAAGGUUCUCCGUGGCUGCUGGCUCCUGUAUUACCAAGAAGAUGUCUUCUAUCAUCAGUGUGUAUUGGAAGAAGGCCUCUACGUUGACCUUACUUCCUGUGGCUGCCCAUCAGCUAGAGUCAGAGCUCUCAAGCCCAUUGACUACGUUUUUGAAGAACCUUCCAUCAGCCUUUUUGCCCUGGAACACUGUGAGGGAAGAGAGUUACAUCUUGAAGACGCUGUGAAUUCUGUUUUGAACAAGGACCUACACUUCUAUACCCAGUCUGUGUGGAUAAAGAGUGGAUUAUGGAUAGCUUAUGAAGGAUCCAAUUUCUUGGGAAGGCAAAUCCUCCUUGUGCCUAACGAGAUCCCAAACUGGACAGCAUUUAGUGGGUGGAAAACAAUUGGUUCUAUCCGCCCUAUGAAGCAGCCUGCAGUGUACAUCAGAAUAAGGAACCGAGCCCAGGAUGAGUAUUUGACAGUCACUGGGAACCUAGCUGAUGCACGGACAAUGUCCGUGUGCAUCUCUCCCUACAGUGGGAAGGACACUCAGAUCUGGCACUACUGCCGGGGACUCUUUAAAUCUAAGGCCAGUGAUACAUGUCUUGAUGUGAUUGGUGGCCGGGACACACCUGGAGCCAAGGUAGCCUUGUGGACUGAACAUGGACAGUUCAGGCAGAAGUGGAGACUGAACAGAAAUGGAACUAUCAGCUCUUACCUCAGUGAUGAACUUGUCCUGGAUGUUAAAGGUGGAAACUAUUAUGAUAAAACUCACAUUAUUGUCAAUCAGCCCAUGGAAGGAGAAGAAACACAGAAAUGGGACAUUGAAAUCUUGUGAGAAUCACAAAGACAGUUGCACCCACUCAUUGCCCUGUGUGCAUGGGAAGGAAGCUGCCGUGUCCACAAUGCUCACACAAAAGAUCUUUCUCCUAAGCAGUGAAACUAUUGCUCCAUGGAAAAGCUAAAAAUAUUUUCACCGGUUAUGCAGUGUCCUUGUGAAGCAAUGUAAUGAUUUUUCCUGAUGGAUUCAGUUGUGGUGACCAAUUUCCUGAAAUCUGUACUCCGGUUUCCUAACCACCAAAUAUGAAUCCCAUUCUUGAUGGCCUGACAGUGCUGUUACCUGCAUUAGUAUUAUAUUAGCAUCCUGUUCCAUGCUUGUGUGAGUGAGAGUCGGGGGUUUAGCACCACUGAAGAAACAUUUAAUAAGCUUUCGUAUUAAGCUGUUGCUGUAUUAAAAUAAACCGCAGGGUUUCUAUAUAGAAGCUUUUUAUAACAAACACCCAUAAGUAUUUAUACUCUUCAAUGAACUGAUCUCAGGAAGGGAUUUCGGCUUCUUGAGGCAGAAGGCACUAGUACUCUGUAUUUUCUGCUCUGUGGCCAAUCUUUACUGCUUUCUAACUACAAAUGUAUAAAUAACCUUGGAGCACCCACCAGGUAUCCUGGUGUUAACCAAGAUGUUCUAAAGUAACAAUACUCUUAAUAGUGGUGACCUUACAUUUUGUCUGAUUUUGUCCUUAAGUAUAAAUCACUCUUCCUCGAGUAAAGGAUUACCCAAAGGUUCAGAUUAAGCAAAAUAGGGCUUCUAUUUUGUCUCUGCCACCUAACUUUCUCUACUCAGUGACAGACAAUUCAGGGUCACCAUCAUUACCUGUAUAGGUCAACAGCCUGCCCUUUCCUGAGAUGGACAAAACUAAUUAAGACAGUCACUGCUUUCAGUCCCAACUUUUGUCAGAAAGAAAACAAUACUCUUAUUUUUACUCCAGGAAUAUUUUAAAAAAUACCAACCACCUCUAUGCACUUUAGACUCAAAGACCUAACUUUGAGUAUUUUUUUUAUACACUUGGUCUUUCUAUGUAUAUACCGGUCUCUGGCUUUUCUGUCAUCUUCUAAGCAGUGUCUGGAAGCCCCUCAUAGGUGUGGCAGUAUUUCAUGAAACAUUUACUUUAAUGGGGACAGGGGCCAUGUAAAUUCAAAUAUAUGUAUAUUUUCAUUGUAAAAACAAUAACUUUCUAAGUUUUAAUUGUUAAAGUAUUUUUGGAGCCACUGAGGCUCUUUAAAGGAGUUAUUUUUUCUUCCAAAGAACCAAGACAAAGCCAGGUUAAUGACAUAAUUCUCUAUGACACAUGUCCUGGAGGAGUUGUGCCUUUUCUACAACACUGGAUUAAAUAAACUUGUCACAAGUCCUGA